GCGAGUGUGGUGUGCUACUACUCGUGGUGUUUUACUUAUCAAAAGAGUCCAACGUGGAGGCAUGUCUAUUGCAAGCACCCCAUCAACACAGACAACAGCCUGAUUUGUUACUGCACGAACGCUUCGCUGGGAAUGGUGGUGAUGGCGGUCUAAUUUUCGCAGGGGCCCCCCGUUGACUUCUUCAGUAUCAAUGGGUGACGGAAAAUAGUGGAAGUUGUUGAGAGGCCUGCGUGCUGCUGAGCCUGAGCGCUAGGCUAAGGGGGAGCGGUGUGUGGGCCUCUCUCAGCUUCGUCGGCAGUCGUCUGCAGUGGCCGUCGUCCCAUCACCUCUGCGGCGGCCAUGAAGUCGAGCCUGAAGCAGUGGCGGCGGCUGGCGCUGGGCCUGAUGCUGGCCUGGGUGCUGCUCUUCCUGGCGCUCUUCUCCUACUUCAUGGACUCGCGGGUGGAGGAGCCCCGCGCCGCCUCCGCCCUGCUGGCCCACGCUGAGAGCCGUCGCCUGGCCUCUGUCGCCAACCACCAGGGCCUCCUCCUGGGUGCUGCCGGUGCUGGAGCUGGACCCGGAAUCAACGUUGGCCCUUCACGCCUCCACGACUCCCAUCAUCAGCUGCAGGGCGUUCGUAGGGCCACGUCCUCGGCCGUCAGAGCCCCCCUCGCUCCCACUGCCCCUGGGGGCAACCCUGCUGCUGCCGCCGCCGCCGCUGCUGCCAAUAGGGUUCCAGCAGCACCGCUACCAGGCGAUGGGGGCGUGGAUGGCGAUGGCAAUGAGGAGGACAUGUCUAUGGAGCAGAGGGUGGUGCCCAGCCUGGAGCCGGGCCAGGCCAGCCAGGAGGAGGCGCUCUUGAGCCAGGAGGCCGUGUACUCCCCGGACCCCCAGAACCUGGCAGCCUGGUCUUCCUUCGGCACCCAGGAUAUGGGCUACCGGUCGGAUCCUGCCGGUGGUGGCGCCGCUGGGCCCGCUCGCAGUCGCGAGAACCGCAUACCUGAAGAGGAGGAUGAGGACGAUGAGGCAGCGGCAGCAGUGGAGGAAGAGGAGGAGAUCCGGCGACGACGACAGCAGCAGCAGCAGCAGGAGGAGGAGGAAGAGGAGGAGGAGGAGGAACAAGAGCAGGAGCUCGCAGCCAGAAGCGGGCCAGCGCUGGCCCAGACCCGCGCGGCAGCCGCAGCCGCAGCCGCUGCAGCACAGGCGGGCAACCGCUGGGAGAACUCGGACGACCUGGAGGACUACUACUUCUCCAAGUCCAAGUCGGUGGUGAAGCAGCUGUGGCAGGGCCGCGUGUCGGCCGGCAUGCUGAGCCCGCGCCUGCAGAAGGCCAUGAAGGACUACAUGAACGCCAACAAGCACCGCGUGGCCUACAGCGGCCUGCGGGAGAACCAGCGCAGCGCCAAGCAGCUCCUGUGCCAGCUGAAGAGGCAGGUGCGGGUGCGGACGCUGGACGGAGCCGAGUCGCCCUUCUCCGGUUUGGGCUGGCGGGCCCUAGUGCCGGAGAAGCCCCUGGACCGGCUGUACGGCUCGGGCUUCGGCUCGUGCGCCGUGGUGACGUCUGCCGGAGCCAUCCUGCACUCGGGCCUCGGCAAGGAGAUCGAUUCCCACGAUGCCGUGUUGAGAUUUAAUGCUGCUCCCACCGAAGGCUACGAGCGUGACGUGGGAAACAAAACCACUAUACGCAUCAUCAAUUCUCAGAUCCUUGCCAACCCAAAGCAUCACUUCAACAGCAGCUCGUUGUACAAGAACGUCACACUCGUGGCCUGGGAUCCAGCACCCUACGCAGUCAAUCUCCACAAGUGGUACAUGAGUCCGGACUACAACCUGUUCUCGCCGUACAUGGAGCACAGGAAGCACUUCCCCGGGCAGCCCUUCUACAUCCUGCACCCGCGCUUCAUCUGGCAGCUCUGGGACGUCAUCCAGGGCAACACGCUCGAGAACAUCCAGCCCAAUCCCCCCUCCUCCGGCUUCAUCGGUAUUCUCCUGAUGAUGGCGCUGUGUGAGGAGGUGCACGUGUACGAGUACAUCCCUUCCAUGCGGCAGACAGACCUGUGCCACUACCAUGAGCGCUACUUUGACGCUGCCUGCACGCUGGGCGCCUACCACCCCCUGCUCUUCGAGAAGAUGCUGGUGCAACGCAUCAACACGGGCCCUGCUCGCGACCUUCGGAACAAGGGCAAGGUUACACUUCCUGGAUUCAGCACUGUACAGUGUGACCCUUGAACUCUGAAUUUUUUGGGCCUUUGGUGUUCACACACUUCCUGACGAAAACUGGAGACGGUUUUUUUAAGUUUGUUUCAGAAAAAAAGGAAGAAACAAAAACAACAAUUCCUCUUUGCCAAAACAAAAACAAUUUACGAGGAACAUGACAAAUAAGAGAUUGAAUGAACGAAAUAAGGUGCAAUAUCUAUCCACACAGGAUGUGGAGAGACUCUUCUGGACAGAGAUUAGGCUUAUGAAGGGACCUCGUCCACUCACACUUGAAAAGCAGGAGGAAAUUGAAGUGUGCUUUUAUUUUUUAUUUUUCCUCCUCCAUGGGUUCAUCUACUGAAGUGGUCGGGGGAAGGGGAAGGGGAAGUGAAAAGAUUCCUAGAAGUUAGAUGCAGAGUUAUGAUUGAAGAAAGUGUUUUGUUGCUUCCUUAAUUCUGUGGUGUCAUGUCUGUGUCAGGGGAGAUUGAAAGGAUUAACGGGGGGGUGGUGAUGACCCGAAGGCAGUGCACGCAACAUGCGAGAAGAUGUCUAUGGCUGAUUGGUCUGACGUACAAUAACAGCACACAACCAGGUUUUUAAGUAGGUUAUUUUAGUGUGCUAACUGCUAAUAUAUGAGGGGAUGGCCAUUUGUGGUUUUAAAAACUGAAUGUCUUUCUGCCACACAUAAGCACAUAAAUACACACUCACAUAUGACCAUAGAGCAACACAUUUUUUUAGCAAAAAAAAGGAAACUUGCCUUGCCAUAGGACCCAUGACAAUGUCUUACUUUGGACAGCAACCUGAGUGCAUCAUUUAAUAUCUUUUUUGAUAUUGUUUUACUUGCCACAAUGACUAAGUGUCUGUUCUAACACAUGACAAACACUCUUUUCCUGUUUGAUAGCCUGCUGACAGCUAAAAGUGAAAGCGCUGGCCUGUGUGAGUUGAAACCCCUUUGGGUUUUUCAAGUGCAGCCUCCAAUCUUCUUUUUUUGUUCAGCUUGUGCUUUGUGUGAGGCCAGUAUGUGUACUCCUUAGCCUUUGUGCUAAGCUCUAUAGCUGUGAGAGAGCAGGAAAGGUUAUACAUCUCUAGACGUCAGUGACCACAAUCCUGUCGGUUUUUUAAAGAAAAAAAAGAAAGAUUAAAAGAGUCUGGACAAGUUUUUGGACUCUUUUUUUUUGUUGCUUUGGAAUAAUGUUCAAGGGAACGUUGCUAAUGUGUUGUUAUGGAGAUUGACAAGCAAUUCCAUGUGUCUUGUUUUGUUGGGAACGGCAAUGGGCUACUAAGCUUUUCUUUCACUGAAUGUCUUUAAUAAGUGAUGUAAAUAUUUUAUUUUGUUUGUUUGUUUGUUGUUGGUUUUUUAAAGUAAAGGUAGUUGAGCUUUUGUCAAUGCGCCUACCGGAAGUGUCAUCAGUGUACUGUGAUAUGAUGAAGUGUCCUCCUUUGAGGAAAGCUGUAUUUGUUCUAGAUAUUUGGAGGUAGGGAGGGAGCGAUCAUGUGGAUAUUAUUUGUCUUUAUAUUUGUUUGUUUCUUUCUUUCUUGCUUUGGAUAUUUCAAAUGUAAAUAGCAGUUGGCAUUCACUCAGGUGUACAAAUCACAGUACAGCUAAUUCCUCUUUCAAUAUCCGCCACAUGUUCUCUCCCCUCACAUGCUCUACCCUUUUUUUCUUGCCUAUUGUCUUUUUUUUUUUGCUUGAUGAAAAGGCGAUGGAAGUAAGCUAGUAAUAAAACAAUGACCGAUAGUGGAGGGCUUCUGAACCUUCUUGCGUGCUCUGGACAUUUACCAGUACCUGUGCCACCUGCUGUUGUUCACCUGCCAUUGGCUAAGGUUGGAAGGCUGGUUGUUUUCAUAGAGGAAAAUAGUGGGCUAUACCAAAAGGUGAUCUAAGCGAUGAACCUUGUAGAUUCAAACCUGUUAGCAGAGGAAAAACAGCUCUUAGUCCUCUUACCUAAGCAAAUACCAACAGGCUCUUCUGCUGUAGUGUGUCACCACCCCUUGGGUUAUAUAAACCAGAUUUGACACUUCACCCCCACACCCUCCUCUGUCUCUCAUUCUCUCAAGCACAUGCUUCCUGAGCACCCUCCAUCCCCUCCUCCUAUCCUCUCUCCAUCCCCUCCUCCUAUCCCCUCUCCAGCCCCCUCAGCAUGACGAUGAUGGAUGAAGGUGUGGGGGUUGUUGUAAUAAAGGAGAAUCAGUGUGGAGAAGCAGUGGCUUAUGGGGUUUUAGUCAGCAUAGCUCCCACAUCCGUCUUCCUUCAGAUGGUCCCCUCCACUUCCCUCCCGCCACCCUCCACCACCCACCCCACUAUGCUCGUCAUGGGAUGGGGCUAUACGACUGUUGCCCAGUCGAACGGCAAACAUGCACCAUAAGACCAUUGGGGUGUGCUUCAAAAGGGGUUGGCUGGAGAAACAUUUUAUUUAUGGUUUAUUUAACCUGGAGGUAGCCAUAAAUCUGAAAGAAAAGGGGCCAUUGGCCAUUUUGUAGUUGAGCACAAGAAGCUGCAGACUCCUCUGAACAGGUUUAUGACAGUAUGGGUUAACCUAAGCAGGUUUAUCCAUUUAUCACCUUUGCAUAAUGCCCAAUACUACACUUUUGCUUUUAUUUAUUUUUCUAAGUACUUUUACUUAUGUUUGGCCUUAACAUUUUGCAUCACAUACCAUUACGUAUCACUGGAGUGGUGGAAAUUGUUUGAAGUUAUAAUGCGAUGACUGAACAUCUGCUGCUAUGCAGCUAAUAUCUAGAACAUGGCUGAGGGGUUAAUGUUGAAAUGCUGUGACCAAGGUAAAUUGAUGUUUUGAAAUAUGUGGCGUAUUGACAUUUGAGGCUACUACAUGUCACAUGCUAGACAUGCCCGUACAUACCCGUAAAAUGCAUUCAAAUUGUUUUUGUUCCAUUUUUCUUCCCCCCUGCAGUGAUACCACCAUUUUACACAAUAGGGCCAUUAACUCUGACGUCAGAAGUUUAGGAUUAUGUGAAUUUUUCAUUGAAGCAAUGAUUUUAAGAUGUACUCCAAACGGUUUUAUAAGUAAUAACAAACUUGGAUGUGUCUUUUAAAAGAGUGCAGUUAGCAAAUAAAUUGCUGCUUUUUGAUAAGUGUUAGCAACGUUGUGACGGAUACAGUGUGUUUUUUGUAUUUAAAAAAAGACAAGAAAAGAACAAAAAGAGAGAGAAAAAAUAAGCAAGAAAAGAUAAGUAAAGUAGUAAAACAAGUAAAACAAAAGAAAACUGACAAAAAAAUCAUCAGUGGGAUUCUGAGAGCAUGCAGUGGUUAAUGAGGGGCUUUGACAAUACUUCAACUACAGUAUCUUGCCGAAUAGAAAUGCAAACCUUAUUUGUAGAAUAGUAGUUCCUUCAUCAGCCGUAAACAAACUGAGAAGUGAAAGUGAAUGUCCUACCAUCCUGUGCUGGUAGCACCCUAUCUGAUCUGCCUGUUGUCUUGAAAGAGGAGUUGUGUCAGCUAGACACCGGUCUCUAUCAUGGGGUUCAGAAAGUCAGACAGUUCAGAAAGCCAGAAAUCUGCUCCACUCAGCUCUGAAUCAGCCUGAUCAUAAUUGAGUCCUUGAGAAUGGCAGAUUACCUAGAUAAUUGAAGUCAAAUGUAUUGGAAGGGAAAAAGUGGCAAUGUGAAUUUGCUGAAGCCGGGAUUGGCACCUCUGGAACUGGGAUUAGCUAGUUUAACGUGUCUCCUGAAACAAUAUGUGGGAUGCAAUAUUGAGGACUUGGACUUUCUGAAACCCAGAAAUGUCUGUGUCUGAUAUUCACAUUCCCCAAAGUAUCCAGUGAAGGCCAUUCGGGUAAACCCUUAGGUGUCCCGUCAAAGGCAUAGGUAACAACUGAAAUCUAGCUCCUCCUGUCAUUCUGCCUCUGACGUUCUGGCCUUUGUAACGGCCCUCCUCCAAGGAGAAAACGAUAAUGUUUCACCACUGUCAAGCAGCGCAUACAAUGACUGCAUACUGCAAGUAAAAAAAAAACAUCUUCUGAAUUGUGUUUUACGCAAAAUGUUGAAUAAAAACGUUGAUCAUCGAUGACGUCAAGACUCGCAUCACAAAGUCGGAGGACAGAGGAAAGGACGGGAGGAAAUAAAAUGACUUGCAGCCAUAUUGUAUAAUGUUCCCUAUAGCCCUCAUAUACCCCCAAAACAUCUCUCACCAUGGCUUCCACCUCCACCAGUACCCAAGCAAGGGUAGCACUGUGCCUUACAGUGCCUCAAACAGCCUCUCUUGGUCCAUGCUCCGUCCUCGGCUGCUUACUGUAGAUAUGCUGACAUCAUAAGUGUAUCCUCAAUCGUAAUUCCCAAUUCUCUCUCUCUCUCUCUCUCUCUCUCUCUCUCUCUCUCUCUCUCACUCUUCUAUAUUUGGACAUUAUUAAACACCGGGUCCAAUGCUGUAGGUAAUUUUUUGCAAGGUCUUUGACUGACCUGAUUGACCAUUGCAAAGGGACAAUGCUGUAAAUCUUAUCCUCCAAAUACAGGAUCUGUUGCACUAAGAACAGCCAACACAGUCCUGUAAAUCUCUCUCUCUCUCUCUCUCUCUCUCUCUCUCUCUCUCUCUCUCUCUCUCUCUCUCUCUCUCUCUCUCUCUCUCUCUCUCGAAUUCUCUCUCGAAUUCUUCUUCCAGAUUUGAUAUUUUCAAACAGGAGCAGACUUUGGCUCCAGACGUAGUGAGACACACUUGAUCUUAAUCCAAUGCCUUUGGGCAGAGCGAUGGCGAUGAAAAAAAUCCUGAUACUGUGCCAAACCAAUUCUUUUUGUUAUUACUGCUGUUUUUUGUUGGUUGGUUGUGUGUUUAUUUUUGGGUUGUUUCUGUUUUUGCCGUGAAUAAGGUGUUGUGAUACUGUAGUGGUGGCUAUAGGGCCAACUGCCAUCUCUGGAACACUCGUGAGCUCAUGAAAAGAUGACACACAAACAGUUCACAGCUGCCCAAGUGGCGAUUGUAUUCAUAUAUCUAAUGUACAACUUUCUUGGUGUCUAUUCUCUCUCUUUCUCUCUCUUUCUUUCUCUCUCUCUCUCUCUCUCUCUCUCUCUCUCUCUCUCUCUCUCUCUCUCUCUCUCUCUCUCUCUCUCUCUCUCUCCACCACUCAGCCUUUAUAAAUGGUUUUUGUAAAGUCUUUUUCAAAUCUCAACUUCUUUUUUCCUGAGCUUACACAUAGAAAGUUCCAAUCACGUUAGAUGUGAAAACAUAUGAGGCAGCCCACACUGUAAAGCCAUGGCAUCUUAUAUUGUUUUGUGUUUUGAUAUUCUUUUACAUUUGUUAGACUUGAAUCAGUUUGUAAUUAAUCAUUUCAGGGUCUCUUUUUCAGUUUGUUCCUGGGGAUAUUCCUGUAUGUUUGCUAUUUUAUAGUAUGUAAAUAAAUGGAUUGCACAUUGAAAAU